AUGGAUGGUGAUGGCGCGGUGAGGGAGGUGGCGCAGGUGUACGAGCACAUCAAGCUCCAGCGGCCUGUCCUCCUCCACUCCUCCUCCUCCUCGCAGUCGCCAUCGCCAUCCACGACGACGACGACCACCCGGCUGGAGCACAACCUCCUCGGCCAGGCGCUGCGAGCCCUCAACGUCGCCCUCUCCGUCAUGAAGCAGCAGCAGCAGCAGCAGCAGCCUGCAGCUACUCUCUCUUGCAGUGGCAGUGGUCCACCUGCAGUGACACCACCAGCCGAGCUGGUCAAAGCUGAGCCUGGACCUGGUGGAGUAGGACUACUCCCUUCCAAUUCUUCCCAAGAAACAGCGACCAGAUCAGGCAACAAAAGACGAAGAUCAUCGGCGAUGGCAGGGAGAAACAAGCCAUCAACGUCGUCGUGGGUCGACUUCACCACCGUGCCGUACGAGGACGGCUACAAGUGGAGGAAAUACGGCGAGAAGAAGAUUAACGGCGCGGGCCACACCAGGAGCUACUUCAGGUGCACCUACAAGGACGACAUCGGCUGCCGGGCCACCAAGCACGUCCAGCAGAGCGACGACAUCGGCAGCGAUCCGCCGGUGUUCCAAGUCACAUACAACGGCAAGCACACUUGCAGCAGCGGCGGCGGCGGCGGCGAGUGCACUGCUACUGCGCCCACCACCUCAGCUGCCAUUGUUGCCAACAGCAGCUGCGAUGCGGCGGCCAUGGUGAAGCAAGAACCGCCAACAGCGCUGCUGCCGCCUCCUCUGGUCGCCGCCGAGCCUUAUUCUGCCCUGCCUUUUGAUCGGACGACGACGACGCUGUGCCAAGACCUGUUGGUUCCUGUCGGCAUGCGGCGGUUCUGUGGCACUGUAAGAGACUGUCAUGGCGGCGUUGCGACGUCGACGACGAGUUCGUGCAUCUCCAGCGAGUCCUCCGAUGAGUACUCUGCAGCUGGUGGGGAGGACAUGGCCGCGCGGAUGGCGGGAGUGGAAGCACCUGCAGAUGACGUCCCUUUCAACGAUUUCGAGCUUUUCCUCCUGUGCAACAGCUUCAAGCACUACUAG